AUGUCACACCCACGUCUUCUCUCCCAGCCCGCUCAUCCUCGACCCAAGAAGCUCGUCAUCUGCUGUGACGGAACCUGGCAAUCGUCUACCAGCCUAGAUCCGGAACAUGGGACGCCGUCGAACGUAGCUAGGCUCUCCAGGAUCAUCGCGAACGCUGGAAAUACGGAUGGAGUCGAUUGGCAGCAGGUCGUCUAUUACGAUGCGGGAGGACUCUUGGAGAACGUCAUCGAAGCCUACAACUUUAUCGUAAACAACUAUUCCCCUGGUGAUCAACUCUUCUUCUUCGGCUUUUCUCGCGGAGCGUUCACAGUCCGUUCUGCAGCGGGAUUGGUGACCGAGCUCGGCGUGAUCAGGCCGUCUUCGUUUGAUCGGUUCUUAGCUCUGUACGCAAAGUACAUCGAAGCGGGCGAGUUUGGGGAGAUUUUCAGCAAGACGCAGCCCUGGAAGGCCUUCGUCGAGGAGAAGCAAACGAGUGGGAAUGGAAGGGGACAUGCGGUCGAGCAGGGGAAGGAUGUGGUCGUGCAAGUGAUCGGAGUGUGGGACACGGUAGGAGCGAUGGGGAUCCCGGAUAUAGGACAUAUCAUCAAGAUGGACAAUUCGUUCUGGAGGAAACAGUACGAGUUCCAUGAUACCGACCUCAAUCCUAGCGUUCAGCACGCCUUUCAAGCCUUGGCAUUGGACGAACAACGAGCAUCCUUCGCCCCCUCCAUCUGGCACCUCGCUCCUACGAACCAAACGACCGAACUCGUUCAAGCUUGGUUCCCCGGCGCGCACAGUAACGUGGGAGGAGGUUCGUCCGCGAGGGACGCCGAGGGGAAGUUGGGGACGUACGAGCAGCUGAGCUACAUAUCUUAUGUGUGGAUGUUGGAUCGGGUCAGGCCGUACUUGGCUUUAGACUCGGACGAGUUGGAGGCACAGAAAGAGGUCAUCGGAGGAGUCAUCCAGUGUGCUCCGGACGAGCUUGCCGAGAAGGAUACCAGGGACCCGGCUACCAAGGGAUGGAUCGGAGCGGGAUUAGAGUUCUUGAAAGGACGGGCUUCGUCGAUGAGGGACAUGGUCUACGGUUACGCAGGAGGUACGAUCGUCGACAGCCAUACUUUCGGGUACGACCUGCUCGCCUUUCCUAAACCUCGAGAACCUCUGGAUUUGACGGCCCAGGAGAAGGAGAAGGGAGUCCGGACGGGCGAGGUCGUCCAUCCUAGCGUUUGGUUUAGGCAGGAAUCGCAGCGUCGGGACGGGCAGGUGGAAGAGGAAGAUAUUUAUCAGCCGAUCGCGAUGAAGAAGUGGACGAGGGAGACUGAUGGUGAAACCGGGAAGUCCCGAUGGACCAAGAGGGACAAUGAAGGGAGGAUCGUCAAGUCCAUGCCAGAGUUUGAGAUCGGGAGGAUGCCGGCUCACGAUAGCUUGGAGAGGUGGUUGAUCGAUAGGUCUUGGUGCGAUACCGUUCACGAGCGGGUCAAGAACGAGUGGAAGAGUUCGUAAGGGGUUGAGUCGAGGAGGGCAAGGGAUCGUAAGCAGGACGUUGGGAUACAGUGUUCUAGUGAUGUAUGCCUCCAUUUCGGGUAAUGUCCUUGCUUUGUGACUCGGCUGAGAGCAUGUCGAGGGCGGGAAUUGAUUGAGGAAGACGAGGCGAACGGGUACCGAUUACGGAGAGUGAGAUGAGGCGAGCAUGAAGUUAGCAAAAAAAAAAAAAACAGAAACCAACAGACAAAUUCUUGGAGCCAUGCGCAACAUACCUAUCCUG